AUGUCACUACGACGCACGGCGCGCUCCUGCGUCUCGGCGGACGUGUCCUCAUUCUUCCGUCAGUCUGGAUCAGCGCAUGCGUCCCACUUCUUGCCUGACCCAAAGCCGGUCGAAGGGCGACGCCUUGAGGUUAAACCGAGGAGGUGCGGGAGGCGGGCCCGCGCCGGCGCAGUAUUCUUGGAGAAGCCGGGGUUCUUGGCGGCCGAAACAGGUACCAUGGCGGAGGGGCAGGUGAUCGGCGAAGUGCCUUCCGCCUCUGACAGUAAAUCAGAUAAAACCUCCAAGGUCGCCGCAGAGUCCCUAGACUCCGGGGACUACGACAGCAAUUGCUUGUUCUGUCGGAUUGCGAGGCAACAGGAGACCAGCACCGAACUCCUGCCCUGUGAGAAUGAAGACCUUGUUUGCUUCAAAGAUAUAAAACCAGCAGCACCUCAUCAUUAUCUUGUAGUGCCAAAGAAGCAUAUUAGAAAUUGCAAUGAUCUAAAGAGAGAACAAAUAGAAUUGGUGGAAAACAUGGUAACUGUUGGAAAGACCAUUCUUAAAAAUAACAAUUUCACUGACUUUUCAAAUAUGAGGAUGGGUUUCCAUGUGCCACCAUUCUGUUCCAUUUCCCACUUGCACCUUCAUGUUCUGGCACCAGUCAGUCAGUUUGGCUUCUUAUCCAAGUUGGUUUAUAGAAUAAAUUCCUAUUGGUUUAUCACAACUGAUUAUUUGAUUGAAAAACUAAGAAUAUGAAAAUACCAACAAUGGAAGACUUUCCUAAUCUUGGCUCAGUAUGAACUAAUAUUUUGAUUUCUAAUUGCAAUUUUAAGGUUUGUUGGGUUUUACCAGAGGCUGUUGCUGAGUAGCCUUAAAAUCUUUUCUGAGCGUCUGUUUUCUAAGGUCUAUGAUAUAAUUAUGUGAAUACUUUUGUCACUGACUUUUUCUGUUGUAAUGGUUGUCUAAGGAUUUUGUGCAUCAAAUACUAUAGAUAAAAUUCCUUUAAAAUCAAAUUAUUAAUCAAGGGCUCUGUAUUUUUUAAAAAGCUCAAGUAAUUUCAUUUCUCAGUAGUCUUAAUAGUGAUUUAUUUAUGAAGAUUAAACUGAUAUAGAAAGUAAUUUAUUGAAACGUUUAUUAGUAUGAGGGAGAAAAAGAAAUUAGCUAUUUCUUAAUCAUUCUGCAUAAAUUUUCAAAAUAAAGAAUACCAUACUACACAGUAAUCUCUGCUUGAGGAGGAAACACUUAUGUAUGUGUUACUUUUUACUCAAAUUUUAAAUAAUAUGUUCCAAGACCCUCACUGGGUACCUGAAACCCAAGGUAGAACCAAACCAUAUAUAUUAUUAUUAUUUUCCUAUACAUACAUAUCUGUGAUAAAAUGUAAAUUAUUAAGCAAAUUAAGAGUUAACAUAACUAAUAAUAAAAUAGAAUAAUUGUAACAAUAUGUUUUAAUAUAAUCACAGAAUCACUAUUGUCCUUGGGGCCAUUAUUAAGUAAAAUAAAGAUUACUUGAAUACUGUGAAACUAGGAGAGUCUGAUAACUGAGAUUGUUAUUAAGUGACUAACAGUGACUAAUCAUCCAUGCAUUGUGUACUGCAUGGAUGAUUUGCAUCCCAGGUUGGAUGGAGCAGGACAGUAUGAGAUUUUAUUAUCAUGCUACUCAAAAUGGCUGACAAUUUAAAAUGUAUGAGGUAUGUAUUUCUGGAAUUUUUAUUUAAAAAUUUCAGACUACUGUUGACAGUGGGUGACUGAAACUGUGGAAAGUAAAAACCUCAGAUGGCGGGGAGCUAAUAUAAUGUGAUUUCUAACAGGGAUUUACAAUAAUAAGCAAUUUGUUAUAUAACAAUCCACUAUAGUAGAAUACCUAUAAGAACAUAAAAGAGGAAGAAGCAUAAAAUAUUGUAUUAAAACUGGCAGAAACUGUUGCUUUUUAUGUCAUGCUUUUUGUACCAAAGGAGAAUUAGAAUAAAAAGUGGUUAAACCUACUUGUAUUAUAAAAAGGACCUGAUUUGAAAAUAGAAAGAGAAAGGCUUAUAUGAGAAAUUUUAUUUGAAUAAUGAUGUUAAUAUUAUUGUAUAUCAUUUCACAAAGCAUGUUUCCUUAGGAAUGGUCUUUGGUGCUAAUCUAUGGUCACAUUAGUGAAUGUGAAUGAAAAAAUGAAAUAGGCACUGAAAGAUAAUCCCUAGUGACUAUUGAUACCAUGUACAUGAAAAGAAAUGAAUAUAAACAUUAAUGUAUUGCUGGAUUACUAGUUUUCACUCCUUGUUUUGGCAUAUUAAUCAUAGUUUUAAGUAAUAAAAUACCUAUUACAAUGCUUAGUUAUAACAUCUGGAGUCAAUUUUGUUAAGUUUGUUCAUUAAUUUAUUUAGCAAACAUUUAUUGGGCAUUUUCCAUGUAUCAGACACUGCCAGGAUCAGGGAAUAAAGAAACGAGAAAGGACAGUCUGCCUUUAAUUGCUUAUAUAGGAGCCUGACAAAAAUCAGUAGAAUUUGGUGUGUUGGAUGUCAUGAGGUUUCGAGAAGAGGCUGUGGAGGGGCAACCACUUCUGAGAACAGGUAGUAGUAAAAAUGAGUAUUCAAGACUCAUUCUUUGGAAGGUAGACAGUGGAUUUUAGACUGAGAAAACCACAUAUUGUUUUUCAUGACGUUUACAUUCACUAUUAAUUUACAAUUGGCAUGAAUGUUCUAAUUUCAGCUUAUUUGCUGAAGGUGGAAAGUGGGAUUUGCAGGGAUUAUGGGUUCCCAAAAUUGUAUGUUUGUCAGUAUUGUUUUGUGAAAUAGCUGAGCAUUUAUAAUAAUAGUUACAAGCUUCUAUAAAUCAGUUAUAAAAUAUGAUUAGCUUCAGGGAAGAAAUUUUAACAUGUGCAGGCUUUGAAUGUUUUAUUAUGUGAACUGGCAAUGAUAUACAUGAGAUUAUUAUGACAAUGACAUGACAGAUAUUUAAGGAAUUCUAAAAUGCUUUAUGGAUCUCCAAAAAUAUGAAUAGCCAAGUGACUCCAUUUAUAUAGCUUUACAACCUUGCGUAAAUUUUCUUUGUUGGAAAACCUUUGGCAAUACAUUUUUAAUAGAGGUUCUCUUUACUUGGUAAAAUUAAUAAUCAAAUGACUACAAAUAAAAUUAACUUAGCCUUUUUUGGGGAGAGAGGGUAGUCUGAGCAUUUAACUCCUUACCUGUCUAUAAACAUUAAUUCAAAGCAACGUUAUAAUAAAAUUAUUAUAAUGAACUACUUCAAACUGUGCUUACUUACAAGAAAAUGAAAUAAAAAAUAGAAAAAUACUGUGUCAA